ACACUCACUAAAGUUUAACCACACACAAGAAAAAACCAAAAAAAUAGUCACUCAGAUCGAUUCGAUCGUUACAUGGAAUGCCAUCCCUGUCGGUCACUGUAAUGUCGGCCUGUAUCUGUCCACCUUAUCACUGCAUUGCAAUCAAUGUGAAAAACGGGGCUUUUUUACUGAAUUGAAGCAUUUCCAUUCCUCGGCUGACCGACGUGUGAGAGGAAAGCGCCUUUGAUUUAUGCAUGCGGUAUAUCUCACCGGUCGAAUCUUGGAUGGGUCUCUCGCCGUCUGGAUGCGGCCUUUCGAGGCUCGGAUUGCGCAAGUAAUGCGCUUCCCCCCAUCCCGACAUCCAAUGCGGGCAAACAACAAAGCCGAAGCAUGUUUGCUAGAUUUCCCAGGUGUGCAAAGGGGUGGUUGGUACAGCUGCCACCCGUACUGCAUCGAAUGCCGCUACCGCUAACAACCCCUCAGUACGUCGCAUUAACAUGCGAAACUGGGCGCCAUUCGUUCGUUAUCAUUGAAACGCUAGAAUGCAAAUUCAUGCACCGAACAAUGAAGCCGUCCCGCUGCCCAGAAUCCCAAAACCCUACGUUCGGUUGAUGGAUUGCCUCUAAUCAGUGGUUGUAAUUGGUCAAAUUUGCACUCUUUGCAGUCUUUGGCGGUUCCCUGUUCCCAGUUGCACCCAGCGUUGUGAUGAAUCAUCGUUCGAAUGUAAAGAGAGCUCCACGUGCAACGAUUAAAGACCGUUUAGGGUACGAUACGUUGCGUUGCCUGUAGUAAAGCCAUCACCUACCAUCACCAGACCAUUCCGAGUUUGCUUGUUGGCAAUUGAAUUGCUAUAUUUUUAGACUUCUACUGCAAACCUCUUCACAACCAUGUACGAAUGUGCGGGCGAGCUGAGCAAACGAGCGAAACGGCAAAGUUAGAGCCACUUGGCGGAGGAUUAGAUACAACAUGUAGCAUCUUGGAAGCGGCCGUCCCGCGUGGGCUGGGCUUGAAAAGAUGAGUAUACGCACGAGUCAUCAAAUGGACGACUAGGGUGUAACGAUGUGCGAACUCACGACGUGUACCACUUGAAGAUAAUUAUUAUCUUUGGCAAGAAAUGGGGCAAAUUUGUUAGAAAAUGUUCGUUUCGUUAUGCAUUUCUUGGUGGAAUUCUAUUCAGAGGAAUAAAAAAGAAGCAUCUUUUGCCUAUAAUAAUAGUAACCGUUAUGCUUUUACCCUCGGAAUCGAACCAAUCAAACAAAUACGACACUAAACUGUACUGCUUCCUGUUACUGUUACUGCUGCUGCACCUAAAGUAAAGCACACAUAAUACUGUGGUGUAACGUCGUAGGAAAGAAAAGCCGAGGCUAUUUACAGCCCAGCUUAAUAGGCGGUACAGGAAAUUACUACUCAAUGCCGCCCGCCCACUCAAGUGGGAGCUCCGAUGUCGGCAAAUCAAGGAAUGUAACUCGAUGUUAGUUGCUUCAGUUUUAAUUCCUCUGCGCCGGUGGGUGGAAAAGCCCAGCCGCAGCAAGUGGUGCAGAUAGUUUUCGUUUGGAAAGGAAGAAUAAUUGAGCAAAUACAUGCCAUAGUUAAGGACGAGCGUUAAGGUACGCUUCUGAAAGGUUCAGGAAAAUGAAAUAGUCUUUUUUCCACCCCCGUAUUGAAUUAAGUACAAACUAUUCGAAGCUGUCUGCUACAGGCAGACUUUCGUUUCAUUCCGCGCGCAAUGCAGAAAGAAAGCAUCCUUUCCGUGGUAUGGAAAGGCGCAGUGAGUGUCGUGCCGUUUGGUAGCCAGCGCUCUAAAGGCUCGAGAUAAAGCACCAUAAAAUCCCGAGCACCGUGUACGAGUGAAGUAAUAAAACAAAAAAGUGUGAGAAACGCAAUGCAGCCGUCUGUAGCCGAACCGAACAGGCUGACCAAACAGUGAAAGCUCAUGCUGUCUCGGAAGGAAUUGUAAUAAAAUUCGGUGUCGCUUGAAGUUGCCGCGUGCAAGUGCAAGUGGUCGCUGCUCCACCGUGCCCACUUGUUUGUUUAUUUCAGUGUGAUUCGAAUCCUUAGAGCGCCCAACGGGGGGGUUCCAGGCGAAGUGUAAGAAGUGUUGUGCUGCUGCCGUUUUGGUACUGUAGGUUAAUCCGGCUCCUUUGGAAGGAACUGCCGAUAGGCGCGGGAGAAAGGAAAGGUGAUAUUUUGCAGUGCGCGAAUUUAAUCCGAUCCCGCGCGCCGGUCGCGUUGAACCAAAACUAAACGACACGGGGUUUGGUGACAUGGUGCCUUCGUUUGUAAUGAUGAUGAUGGUGUAGUGGUAGCUGUGUUUGAAGUGAAGUGCUAGAGCGUCCUCGGAAUCAGUGGAAAAGUGUGGUGAACGAGUAGAAUAAGAGGAAAACCAUUUCCGUCGUGGCCAUCGUUCUUGAAGUUGAUUCGCGUAAUCAGCUCAGUGGUUCCGUUGGUGGGGUGGAGCCGCCACCGCCAGUCACUGGCCCAUGGUCUUUGAUGUGCGUGUGUGUGUGUGCGGUAAGGUGGUGAAGCAGGCGAAAGCAAGUAUUUGCCCGGCAGGAUAUUAUCCUCGGAUUUAGGUGACGGCUGAAUAGGAAGAGAAACGAUCCUUUUUUUGCCGCUGCACCAUGGCGAUGAAAAUGACAACGCUUCGGCUUAUUGCGAUAGCCACCUCCGUGUGUGUUCUUUUACACGUGGCGCACUGUGAGCCAAACUACCAGCCCCAGCAACAGCCGGGCGGGAACGAUUUUAGUGGCGCCGGUGGAGGCGUAAACACCGGAAACGCACUCUACGGUGCACCAAACCACCAACAGCAACUGCAACCGAGACCCUAUCCACCGGCCGGACCUCCCCCACUACUGGCUCGCUUUCGACCGGCGAACCAAGCCACUACCCCGGCUCCGACCUUCUUCCAGCGGAUCUCGAAUUGGUUUUCCUUUCUGGGCGAUGACGGUGGUGACCGACGGCAGCAGCAGCAACAAUCGCCACAGCAACAACAACAACUCCAGCCACAGCUGCCACAGCUUCCACCGCAGCGCCAUUUACCACCACAGUACACCGCACAGCCAACACCGUCCGUGCAAACACAGCAACAGCUCCAAUUUCAACAGCAACAGCAACAACAACAGUUUCAUCAACAAUAUCAACCACAACAACCACAACAGCAACCAAUACAGCAGCAGCCGUUUCCCUAUCCGUUUCAAAUUCGCAACGGAAGUCGGGCGACCCAGCUCGCUCCCCAGCAGCAGCAGCAGCAUGUCGUUGCUGCAGGCUUCCAGCCAAGUGCCCCCGUACAGGAAAGUUCAGGCUCGAGCUACCAUGCUGCGAUAGCACCGGGGGUACAUCAGCACACGUUCGGGCCGUCCACACUGCAGCAGCAGAUCGUACCGCAGGCGAACGUGUUCCGAGACCCCGAGCCAACAACGGGCAGACCACCCGUCGCGAACAUUGGCGAGGUAAACUACCAUCCGUGCAACAAUGUUCCUUGGGUACCGAUAGCACCUCCACCCGAGUAUCCAACGGCUGUUGGUGGAGUUGGUGGAUCUAUUCCGGCUGCUGCUCCUCCUCCAAAAGUGCCUCCAAAAGAGUUUCCAAGUGUGCCGAAUCGACCUCCACCGAUCAAGAUACAAGUAGCACCGAAAGGACAGGUACAAUCGGUUAAUCCUUACUCUGGUGCUUCGGGAGGAGCACUUGAGCCGGCCAUUAUUACAGCGGCACCACAAGCCCAGCAGCUGAUCCAGCUCCAGCUUCAGCAGCAACAGCAUCAGCUACAAAACCUGCAACUCCAGCAACUUCAACUACAACAGCAACAACUUCAGCAGCAACUCCAGCAACUGAAAACGACCACCUCCAGUACAACGGUUCCUCCCGUGGUCCCUGUUGCAGCACACUUCAUUACCAAAACGCCCGAUGCAAUAGUGACUGCUGCGCCUUCUUCCACCCUGCAACCGAUCACGCUGCGCCAAGUCUCUGCCUCUUACUUCACCAACAAAGAGUACGCACCGCCGGCUAAGCUGUUGCCGAUCCAGAACGAAGGCAAACCGCUCGCUCCAAUACCGUUGCCCAACCUGAGCGCUACUCCGAUACCGCCGCUUUACACGGCCGGCUCGUUCCACAGCGAUCCGUACAAGUUCUAUCGUCCCUACCGUCCGGUAGAGCCCAUCCGAGAGCUUGGCCACGGAUAUCCGACCUCCUCCAAGUCCAUGUCCAAUAGCUACAUCCGCUACCCGCACGAUCCGGCCGGCAAGAAUGACUCCAUCUUUGAUGUGGAGCAAUUUGCAUCUUCUGCCUCGUCGUCCAUCUACACCACGGUGGCGUACUCGAACGGUGAAGACUCGAAGCCGGCAGCAUCGGAGAAGCGUAAUGUGGCCACGAGUAGCAAUGGAAGUAGCGGUGCCAAUAUCCCACCACACGGAGGCAGCAAUGGGGAUGACGCUGAGUACGACUCGGAAGAAGACGAUCAGAACUCACCGAUCAUUCGCACCACGAUCGAAGUUUCGAGCAUUGUGCCUCAGACAAGGUACUACGGUUCAACGACUACACCAGUUAGUCCUAUCUCGAGCACUACGACACCGCGUCCCGAGCGGUACAGUACCUAUCCGGCACCGGCGCCGUCCGAUCUUGGCAACGGUGUGCAGAUUAUUUACUCGGCCAAUCUGCAGACGAAUCCUCCAAUCAGUCCGGUAAACAAUCAGCUAAGCGAAGAGCAGGAGGAACCAACUGAACCCGCGGCCCAGCGUGUUGUUCAAACUACGACGGUUCGGGCCCCAACGACCACAGUGGACCCGGAAACAACACCUCCAACUGACAUCUACACGGAACCGUUCCGCAUCGGUUCCAGUCUGCCGAUGGAGUUCCAGAAACAACCCAGUCCCGAACCGGACAGCCAAACGGUGGUAACAGCCUCGCCGAGUGAUGAUCCUCCAUCGACGACGGCCACUCCACUGCCCUCCUCACUGACGGCAACGUUCGGCGGGUAUCAGAAUCUAAUGUCCACGAAGAAACCGAAACAAAUCCAGAUCAUCAUACCGUACAAUACGUUCAAAAAGCCGGAACCAUUUAAACCACUCCCACCUCAGGAGAACCUUGAAGACUUGGACUACAACGCACCGGCAGAGUCGAGCAUCGUUACGUCGAAACACGCGGAACGCUCCGGACCUACGCCACCCUCGGGUAAUGCCAUCCAGCAGUCGUCCAAAUCCAAAACCCGCUUCAUCGAGAACGACUCCGUCAAGUACUUCCAAUCAACUACCCAUCUGAAGGAGAUCCUGCAGAAGGAGACGACCCAACCGUUCAUGAAACCGCCCACGAAAACGCCACAAAAACCGGCCAAGGUGAAGAAGGUUCGCCCGAUCGAGAUCUCCAAAGAGUCGAAACCAUUCACCGUGCGCAUACCGAAGAUGACACCACUGCCACCGGUCGUAAGCCUAAGCAGCCUAAUCAGCGUUCGUGGUGGUAUGGAACGACACACCACACCACUGCCCGAUGAGGGCAGCAAUGCUGCCGGAGGAGGCUCACGAACUCCCUCCCCACCGAUCGCCCUGUCCAAGUACUCGCGACCCGUCACGCCCCACUACGUUAACGUGACGCGCGUCAAGAUCUCCCCGACAACCUACGCACAAAAGUCGCGCACGACCAUCUCGCAGCUGCUGCGCACGACCAAAAUCAUUCCCAAAGGUCCCAAGCUGUUCGGAAACGAUUUGCUCGUCUCGGAGACGGUCCGUACGGUCAGGCCGCCCCUAUCGCCAGCAUCGACCACGUAUCAGCAGCAUCGCCGUACGACACUUCUAACAACCUCCUCGACCACACCGCAUACAACGACAACCACCACAACGACGGAACAACCGCCACCACCACCACCACCCCCGGCACCGGUGCAUGAAGAUCCGGCCGGCGACAACACGGUCGGCCCCAUCUACGAGCGUACCAUCGACUGGGACAUUGAUCCGAACGAGCUGCAGCGCAAGAUCGACACCUGGACGGAGCAGGAGUUCGGGUCGGAGGACUUUGCGCGCAAAGCCAGCACGCUGUCGCUGCACCGCGUCACCAAAGCGAUACCGUGGGAGUUCCUCACCUCGACCAUGCUGCCCGCCCUGCACGACAAACCGGGCAAGAGUAGCCGGUCCGGCUGGCAGCACGUCAAGAUUGCCAUAUCGCCAAUAACGAAGGAAAAGAUCUACGUCGUUACGCCGCAGCCCUGGACGGUGGCAGCGGUGCCACAGCCGCAUCAUUCCCACCAUCAUCGCAACCAUCAUCACGAGCAUCAUCCAGCGUCGUCGCAGGUGCUCGAGGAACGGAACGGGCGUGUGCUGACGCCACGGUUCAGUGUGCGGCCAACGCCACUGUACUACAAGGGCGGUGGCAUCUACCAGACCGGCUCAUCGACGGUGGAUGUUUCACCGGAAUCUGUGAACGAUCUGCUGGAGCAGAAACCGAAGCAUCGAUUUAGCAUCAGUAGCAGCAGCAGCAGCAGUAGUAGCAGUAUGGUGGCUGCCGGCACUGGGACAAAGGUGAAACACCUGCUCCAGCAGCGAAAGUACGUCCGGAAGAAACUGCCCUUCGGUGGUCCGGGCACGGGCCGACCCAGUUCCAGCCGGGAGGACGUGUAGCUACGGCCAAGGUUGACAGCAACCAGAGUGGAAGAGCACAAGACGGAAGAACGACUUUAAGCAGGAAAUUACCACACGUACCAAAGGCCGUUCCUACAGACUAAUGAGUUGAGACAGCAAACGAAAUGCAACCAAUAGGGAAUAGGGUGUGUGGGUUUGUGUGCAGUUGCGUACGCACCGGUACGCAAAUAAGCGUUAGAGCAACAGAUAAGGCGCAAGCUUACACUAGAUAAAUGAAACUAGGUAAAUAUAAAUCAAUGGCGACAGGGCGAAACCAACACAGUGCCGGCCCAUUUGUCACGCGGUGGUACAAGGGACCAUCGGAAAUAGAGACAUGGGUUUGGUUUUUAGCCGUCACUCGAUUGGUAAUUAGCGUGCAAGCGCUCUUUGGAGCUUCCAGCCAACGCGGUAUACAUACACCAGGGGGUCUUGCUAAUGGGUAAGGUUUGCAUAAACGCAUAAACAUAAAACAAUACUUUUAGUCUGUGAUUGAUAGGGGUGUAGUGGUGGGAUACGAAGAAGAAGUAAGUUCCAUGAUGGUGCAACACAUCGGUUCAUAAGGUUGUAUAAUUGGGAUAAGGUUCCUUUCGCAGGCCCGGGGGCAUUAAAGGUAGCAGUUCGCGGCUCGCAGUGGCGUGGCUGAAGACUGUGCGCAACCAUCUUCACCACGAAGCACGAGCCGCACUCGCUCACCUUUCGUUAUGAUUAACUGACUGAACGCAGAUGAAGAGUGGCGCAAAAAAAAACAUUAGAAAAUAGACAAACGAAGGUUAGGAAGCAAAAAAAAAACGAUGCGGGUUCAAUGAAAGUGCGUUUGAAUAAAUGCGCUAAUUAGAAGAAGGCGGAGGCAGCUUCAUACUAACUAACAAACCCCUCCUGAUGAUGCUUGGGAAAAACAACCGCACAUCGGUGCGGUGGGAUGUGAAAUGUGCAGCACCAACGAUUGGGGAUUGGAAUAAUUGGCUGAAGAAAGUGAGAGGAAUUAAAACAGAGAAAUAUGAAGUUAAGGGAAAAAAAAUCAUCUAUUGAAAGCGAACUUUUUCGCACAAAAGUGAACAACACAGGGUGGUUAGACAUUAAUUAUGGGGUACGCCGUUUGAUAACCCUUACCCCGAGGCGUCGACGUUGAAUCAGUCAGUUUGGGUGGCAGAUAGAGAGAGAGAGAUAGAAGGAUUGGAUUUGUAGAAAAUGAUGUAUAUUAUAGGGAGGAUAGAGAGGCGAGCAAUAACUUACGAGCGAUAUUGGGGAAGCUAUUUAACGAAUUAAUUUAAUACUUUGAGCGUAAGUUGGGGGGAAAACAACCUGCGUGAAACCCUGUACAGAGGUGUGAGUGUGUAAUGGUAAAUAAAUCGUAACAUGAGUCAAACAACGUGUAACAAACAAAUACAGCCUCUCUUGCAAUGAAUUUAUAGGCUGACAGGAGCGAUUUACUCGGAAAGAAAUAAAUAUGGUCGGCUAAUUAUUAUUAUUUUAAUAGAAGAAAAUAGUAAUAAGUAAGUAAAGAGUAAGAGUGUUUCUUUUAGUCGAGCCUGAAAACGGUAGAUGAAAACAAAACCACAAAAACAAAACAAAGCUAGACAAGACAUACGCAUGAGCAGACGCACGCACGAUUCGACCGAAAAGAAGAAACAAAAAAAAACAGACACAAACAAUCAAACAACGUGGGAAAAGGUGGGUAGAAAUUUGCAACGCCACAUAAUAAUAAAGAGAAAAACUAAAGUAACCAAGAACGGGAUAAAACAAAACCACAAAACGAACAUAAACCAUGAUGAAAAAGGAGAGUGAGAGUAAGAGAGAGAAAGAAUUGGGGGGAAAACCACACUAAGCGACUAAUAAAUGAAAACAAAAGUAUUAAAUUAUUGCGGAAUGUGAA